AUGACCGAGAACUCCACGUCCACCCCUGCGGCCAAGCCCAAGCGGGCUAAGGCCUCCAAGAAGUCCACAGACCACCCCAAGUACUCAGACAUGAUCGUGGCUGCCAUCCAAGCGGAGAAGAACCGCGCUGGUUCCUCACGCCAGUCCAUCCAGAAGUACAUCAAGAGCCACUACAAGGUGGGUGAGAACGCUGACUCCCAGAUCAAGUUGUCCAUCAAGCGUCUGGUUACCACUGGGGUCCUCAAGCAGACCAAAGGAGUGGGUGCCUUGGGGUCCUUCCGGCUAGCCAAGAGCGACGAGCCCAAGAGGUCAGUGGCCUUCAAGAAGACAAAGAAGGAAGUCAAGAAGGUGGCCACGCCAAAGAAGGCAGCCAAGCCCAAGAAGGCUGCCUCCAAAGCUCCUAGCAAGAAGCCCAAAGCCACCCCAGUCAAGAAGGCCAAGAAGAAGCCGGCUGCCACGCCCAAGAAAACCAAACAACCCAAGACUGUCAAGGCCAAGCCAGUCAAGGCAUCCAAGCCUAAGAAGGCCAAACCAGUGAAGCCCAAAGCCAAGACCAGUGCCAAGAGGGCCAGCAAGAAGAAGUGACAGUGAAGCCUUUCUUGUGGACACUCCUGUCUGUCUCCUAUUUUCUGUAAAUACUUUUUUCUUCUCUUACUCAUCUGUAGCCCCUUGCCCCUUUCUAUUCUGACUUUGUAAGAGACAGAAUUUGGAUUCCUCAGAAAUUAGGGAAUAGUUCAUUUUUCCUUAACCGGUUGUGCAAGGACAGCGACAGCAGUCUCAUCUCUGUAAUGAUGAGAAUGUACUUAUAUUUUGUUUUGUUAAUUUGUUAUUAAU